AUGGCAGCUUCCCCGGUCGGCUCGCGAUUGGCCUCGCCUCGGCUGAGGGGCGGGGCGAAACCCUGGGAAACCUCCGCGCGGGAAACAGAAAAGAGAGACGCGAGGAAGCGGCUGCUGCUCGCCCCGCGUCCCGGCUAGUGGCGCAGCCCCUUGACGCCCCCCGUCCACGUGCGACUGGCGGAGGGGGCUCGUGCCGCCUUCUCCACCAGGUCCACCCCCCGCCCGCUUCCCUUUUCCCAACUGCCCGAGGGCUCCGACUUCGCCGCUGCCCCCUCCCCAUAGGGAAGGCAUUUCCACUGUGCCUCCUCUCGCCCCUUCCCCAGUUCAAGCAGCUGCCACUGCUGCCUCCUGUUGCCUUCAGGGUCGCCCCCUCCCCUCCCUUCUUUCCUUCCUUCUUGCUUUCUCCUCGGUCCCUGUUCUUUCUUCCGUUGCUCCCCACAGAUGGAAAUUAACUCGUCCUGAGAGGAAAUGAGGAGAAGCCUGGCUCCUAGUCAGCUGGUCAAGAGGAAGCCAGAAGGGAAUGGCUCUGAUGAAGAUGACACCUGGCAUCCUGAAACUACUCGGAAGAGACAGAAACAUGGUAGCAAAGUCGAUAACAGGGAAUGUUAUAUGUCACCUUUCCGGAAGCCCUUGGCACAGUUAACCAAUCAGCCUCAUUGCCUUGAUGGCAGUAAACAUGAGGCCUUUAUUCGCAGCAUUUUGUCAAAACCUUUCAAAGUUCCUAUUCCAAACUACACAGGUUCCCCAGGCUUUAGAGCUCUGGGUAUCAAGCGUGCAGGACUCAGGCAUGCUCUCCAUGACCCUUUUGAAGAAGGAGCUCUGGUGCUCUACGAACCUCCACCUCUGACUGCUCAUGACCAGCUGAAAAUCGACAAGGACAAAGUGCCUGUUCAUGUUGUGGUGGAUCCUGUUCUCAGCCGUGUCUUACGACCCCAUCAGAGAGAGGGGGUGAAGUUCCUGUGGGAGUGUGUGACAGGCCGCCGCAUCCCUGGAAGUCAUGGCUGCAUUAUGGCAGAUGAGAUGGGUCUGGGCAAGACCUUGCAGUGCAUCACUCUGAUGUGGACGCUCUUGCGCCAAAGUCCAGAUUGCAAGCCUGAGAUCGACAAGGCCGUUGUGGUCUCACCUUCCAGCCUGGUGAAGAACUGGUACAAUGAAGUGGGUAAAUGGCUUGGAGGAAGGAUUCAGCCACUGGCUAUCGAUGGAGGCUCCAAGGAGGAUAUAGACAGGAAGCUAGCUGGGUUUAUGAACCAGCGAGGCCUAAGAGUCCCAUCCCCGAUCCUGAUAAUUUCCUACGAAACAUUCCGACUUCAUGCUGAAGUCCUCCAGAAAGGGAGUGUUGGGUUGGUCAUAUGUGAUGAGGGUCACAGGCUGAAGAACUCAGAUAACCAAACGUACCAAGCUCUGAACAGCCUGAAAACUGCACGGCGAGUGCUCAUCUCAGGAACCCCCAUUCAGAAUGACCUCCUUGAAUACUUCAGUCUAGUACAUUUUGUCAACUCGGGCAUCCUCGGGACAGCUCAGGAGUUUAAAAAGCACUUUGAAAUUCCCAUCCUGAAAGGCAGGGAUGCCGAUGCAAGUGAAGCAGGAAGACACAAGGGAGAGGAGAGGCUUAAAGAGCUGAUCAGCAUCGUCAACAGGUGUCUCAUAAGGAGGACUUCAGAUAUUCUCUCCAAAUACCUUCCAGUGAAAAUAGAGCAGGUGGUUUGCUGCAGGCUGACUCCCCUUCAGGCAGACCUGUACAAACGCUUCCUCAAGCAAGCAAAGCCUGCUGAGGAACUGAAGGAAGGGAACAUGAGUGUUUCAUCCCUUUCCUCCAUCACAUCGCUGAAGAAACUCUGUAAUCAUCCUGCCCUGAUCUAUGAGAAGUGUGUGGAGGAAGAGGAGGGGUUUGUGGGUGCUCUGCAGUUAUUUCCUUCUGGCUAUAGCACCAAGUCCCUAGAACCUCAGCUCUCAGGGAAGAUGCUGGUUUUGGAUUACAUUUUGGCAGUUACGAGGAGCACCAGUAAUGACAAAGUAGUCCUAGUUUCUAAUUAUACUCAGACACUGGAUCUCUUUGAGAAACUCUGCAGAGCUAGAAGGUACUUGUAUGUCCGUCUGGAUGGCACCAUGUCCAUUAAAAAGAGAGCAAAGAUAGUGGAGCGUUUCAACAGCAUUUCUAACCCUGAAUUCAUUUUCAUGCUGAGCAGCAAAGCAGGUGGUUGUGGCUUAAAUUUGAUUGGAGCAAACAGACUUGUGAUGUUUGACCCAGACUGGAACCCAGCCAAUGACGAACAAGCCAUGGCCCGUGUCUGGAGAGAUGGCCAGAAGAAGACUUGCUAUAUCUAUCGAUUGCUUUCGACAGGGACAAUUGAGGAAAAGAUCUUUCAGCGGCAGACCCACAAGAAGGCUCUCAGUAGCUGCGUCGUAGAUGAGGAGCAGGAUGUGGAAAGACACUUCUCUCUGGGUGAACUGAAGGAGCUAUUCACGCUCAACGAGACCACCACAAGUGAUACCCAUGACAAGAUCAAGUGUCGUCGCUGUGUGAAUGGCCAUCAAGUCAGGCCACCUCCAGAGGGGUCUGACUGCACUUCUGACUUAUCCCAGUGGAAUCACUGUGCUGAAAAACGUGGACUCCAGGACACAGUCCUCAAGGCUGCCUGGGAUGCUGCUGUCACCUUUACCUUCCAUCAUCAUUCCCAUGAAGAGCAACGGGGGAUACCAUGACGAUUGGUUUGGGCUGACUUUCUGAAACUCAAGCUAUUUGUUAUCCUGAUCCACCACGUUUAAGAUCACACUUUUUCUCCCAUUAAUGCCGUGGAAUAACUAUAUCUUCUUUACAAAAGUGGUAGGCCAAAUCACUUGGUCACAGAGCACUAGUAUAAUUAUGUUUAUGAAACCUGGCAUGUAUGGGAAGACCGCGACAGAAAAGUGUUCACUUCUGAUCAUGGAAUUGAUCCCAUGCUACUUUAUCACUCUUUGGACUGUGUUACUUGUUCUGAAAAAUUUAAAGACAUGCCUACAAAGUUAAUUUUUCAAGAAUAACAGUGAACAAUGGAUAUACAUACAAUUUAUUGAAACUGAAUUGCUUGCUGUUAAAUAGUAAUGAAAAGAUCUGUUUUAAUUCUGCUAAUGAGGUAAGGCCUAGUGUAAAUAGAAUCUGGAAACCUCAAAAUCAAAGCAGAUGGGUGAAAGAAGUCUGUUUUUCCACUUGAACCUCAGAUGGUUGAUGCCUUAGUUCUCCAGGCAGAAGAUUCACUUAAAGAAAAUUGAGUUCACGAGUACCGGGACAAAAUAUUUCUGUAUCUUAACUCCUUAAGCUUAUUUAUUGACUCUCCACAGCAUUGACUUUAAAAGAUAGUGAUAACAUAUGUGCCAGUUAUCACUGUCCUGUUUUUAUAGAGUAAAAUAAAAUGUAGACUGCAA